AUGGCCAACACGUGGACGAUGUGGUCACUGAUGGCCGUCAUUAUGGUCUCACUUGUGAUGAUCGCCUCAACCAAUACAUCCGCUGCUAAUGUGGACACCACUCGUGAGACGGUCUCAUCCAAACAGCACAUCCGAAGCAAUACUAACACUAAUAGCAAUAGGAAUACCAAUGCGAGAAAGCCGUCGCCGGACGGAGGCAUCUAUUUUGACGAAGACUUGCCCAUCGAUGACGAGGGAGAGGGCAGUGGUUCUAACUUUGAUGACACCGAGACCUCGUCCGGUAAGGGCGACGACGACGAAGACUCGCCGUUGAUUCCGGGCGCCAAAGAGGGCUCCGGAAGCCACCCGAUGGUGACCACCGGUGGCAGCAGUUCUACUAGUAAUCCAAAUACUGAUGACGAAGACGAGGGCGACACCGAUGACGACGACUUUGGCUCCGGAGACGACGACUUCGAGUCAUUCAUAUCAUCCACAGAGAGACCAACGAUACGACCAGACGUUACGCGAGCGCCGAUUGUGCCCACACAUGAGCACAAGCCUUUAGAUCCAAUCGACGAGCCGUUCGAUAAUAGUGUGCCUAAAGAACCCUUCCCUCCAAAGGUGUUGACGCCCAGCGAGACGUCCACCAGAUAUCCAUUGCCGGCGUCGACACAAUGGCCGCAUCCGCCGCGCGGCGGUCCGGCCGACACGGAAGACGACGGCAACCAAUUGGGAAACGACGUGUCGAUUAUGGGUCAGAAACAGGUGACGCCGGCCUCGUUCUUCGCCCGACCCGGUAUUCUCGCAGCUGUGAUAGGAGGGGCUGUUGUCGGACUUCUUUGUGCCAUUUUAUUAGUUAUGUUUAUUGUAUACCGAAUGCGAAAGAAAGACGAGGGAAGCUAUGCGUUGGAUGAGCCCAAACGCCAGACAUCAGUCAACCCAUACGCCAGGGGCUCUUCCAAAGAAUUUUUUGCCUGA